CGGACGGGAUGGCGCCGCUACGUGACGUGCUACUGCAUGCACGUAAAGAGUGCCAACACGGCUGCUCAAAGGGUUUGGAAUUUUUUGUGUGAUCUACUCCGUCUUCUUUCAAUUCCACUUUCUCAGCUUUCUUGCACGACUGUUCAUUAUGCCUAAAGCACUUACUCCCCCGGCUUUUACGCCUUUGGCGGAUUCGGCGCUGUUCAAGCCGCUCAAGUUUGGACAUUUGUCCCUCGAGCACCGCGUUGUCCAGGCACCCUUGACGCGUAUGCGAGCAACCAAGGAGAGCGAUGGCAUCUUUGUUCCUGGCGACUUGCAGGUGGAAUACUACGGUCAGCGCGCAAGCAAAGGAGGACUACAGCUCACCGAGGCGACUGAUAUACAUCAUUAUGCUAGUGGCUACCCUGGUGUGCCAGGCGUCUUUACGCCCUCCCAAUUGGCAGGGUGGAAGAGGGUGACGAAUGCUGUUCAUGCGAAAGGUGGUUUCAUGAUCUCCCAAUUGUGGCACACUGGGCGGGCUUCGCCUUCCUCGUGGCGGGCAGGCGCACAAGCCUUUAGCUCGAGCGAUAUCCCCCUUGAAGGAGAUGCUUUGGAUGGAACGAAGUUCUCCGAUAAUCCCCCACGUCCUAUGACCAUCGAGGAAAUACACUCAACAACCAAGGAAUGGGCUGCUGCUGCGAAGCGAGCUGUGGAUGAAGCUGGCUUCGACGCGGUGGAGAUUCACGGCGCCAACGGCUACCUUCUAGAUCAGUUUCUCCAUGACAAUGUAAACACCAGGACCGACGCAUACGGAGGUUCAGUGGAAAACAGGUGCCGAUUCCCGCUCGAGGUCAUUGCAGCUGUCAGCGAAGCCAUUGGCGGUGACCGCACCGGUAUCCGUCUAUCGCCCUACAACUACUUCCAAGACACGAAAGACAGCAACCCCAACGAGCACUGGAAAUACCUUUGCGAACAGAUUGCAGCUCUGCCUGAGAACCAGCGCCCGGCAUACGUGCAUAUGGUGGAACCACGCUUCGAUGAGGUUCUCGACGAACAAGCUAAAAUGGACGCCCUCGCAUCCUACAGUUCCGCUGCUGAGGGUGUUGAAGCCGAAGCCACGGUCAAGACCAAAAACUCUCUCAUCCCAUUCCGACGUAUUCUUGCCAAAGCCGGUAUCAAGUUCCUCGCAGCCGGUGGUUUCAACAGAGACAACGCUGCGCCAGCUCUUGAGGCGGAUAGUGCGGACGCGAUCAUCUUCGGUCGCUGGUUCAUCGCCAACCCCGAUCUGCCCAAGAGGCUCCGGGAGGGUCUACCAUUGAAUGCAUAUGACCGAACGACAUUCUAUGGAGGAGACGCCACGGGCUACAUUGAUUAUCCGUUCUUUGAAGGGUCUGCAUAAGCAUUUCUGGGCUUUCAUGCCGACUCGAUGAAGGGCAAGCGUGGACCUAUAGUGGGCAUAAGUAAGGAUACCAUGGUCCGGUCAUCUUCGACCGUGUAGACAGGAUAGGCAGCAUAAACAAUCGGAGUUAUAUCUUACC